AUGGCUGAUCAGAAUAAUCAAGAUAAUAGGCAAAUAUUGGGACAAGUGAGCUCUUUAGCAUCAUAUAAUGCUCUCUUAGCAUUUAUUUGGUUUUGGAAUUAUGCACGUGAAAUUGAAAAUGAUCGACGUACGAUCACACAUGCCAUACGCCCUGAAAGAGAGCAAGUUAGAGAUGAGCUAUUGAGUCAUCUAUUUUCUUCAGAACUUUGUCGUAAUAUUUUAAGAAUGACCCCUUCGGCUUUUACCAGUCUCUGUGAGAUGUUAGUUAGAGAUGGAGGUCUUAGACCAACACUUCGAGCUACAGUUGAAGAACAGGUUGCGAAAACACUUUACCUGUUAGCACAUAAUGUGACAAAUCACGAACUAUCUUUCAUCUUUCGACGAUCGGGGGAGUCGGUCAGUCAUCAUUUUCAUGUUGUCCUACGAGCUAUAUUGGGGCUAUACGAAAUAUUUAUUAAACAACCUGAUGGAUCCCAAGUUCCUUCUGAAAUUGCCAGCAACCAAAGAUUCUACCCAUAUUUUAAGGAUUGUAUUGGUGCAAUUGAUGGAACACACGUACGUAUUAAAUUUUCACAAAGUGAAGCCCCAAAAUACCGUGAGAGGAAAGAUUAUCUGUUGUACCUCGCGUUUUCAGAGCAUGAGUAUGACAUGUACCUCACCAUAGUAAUGGGGUGUCGGAGACGUCCCAUGACGUUUUGA